ACUCAUGACCACGUGUCCGGUCAGGAUGGCAUUUGGCUACCUCUUACUCUGCCUCUGGCUGCUCCUACAGAUUGCGCAUACGCAGCGCGUGAUGGCCGCAUAUAUUGAAACUUAUAAUGAUUAUGGGCACAACCACGAUGAGCAAAGGCUCCACUACUCGCAUCAAUAUCACAUUUCCGAUCUGCAGAGCCAAGUGCACAUUCUGCACCGAGAACAGCGGAGGGGAGAUCAUGUCCUGGGCACAUACAGCCACCUGGAGCCUGGCGGAUACAUACGCAGCGUUCACUAUGAAGUGUGCGGACCCCAUCGUGGCUUCAAGGCUGUCAUUCAGCAGCGAACGGCGCACAGUCGAGUGCAUCAGUCCCUGGAGCUGCGGCGCAAGCAACCGCCUCGGGCCCUGGCCCUGGCGCAGCCUGUGGCAUUUGUGGUUUAAAC